AUGUAUAUAAUCACAUUCUUAGUUAUCCCUAAGCGCCCAGCUGCGGCCAUUUUCGCAGCGCGCUGGUCGCCCUACAAAGUUGGUUGCCGGCGCACCGUGUGGUCCUCAGUUCCCCUGGCACUGUCCGUGUUGGAUAAUCUUUCAACAUUGAAAUAUCUGGACACUGAAUUCGGUCUCUACUGUAACGACCUCCGAGGUUGA